GUCUAGGACUUUGUAAUGUCAGUCCAAGAAGAGGGAGAGAAACGGUGGGAAGAGAUGUCCAACGACAACAAUAAUGGCGGCGCCGGCCACCCAAUCGACUGGGCUGCGACAGCUUGGACCCAUCUAUCCACACUCCGGCAAAGAGCCCCCCUUAUCCAAUGCAUCACCAAUUUCGUCUCCAUGGACCUCAUGGCCAACACCCUUCUCGCUGCUGGCGCAUCGCCGGCGAUGAUUCAUUCACUGGAAGAGAUCCCCGAUUUCACCCCAUGCACUGAUGCCCUCUGUAUCAAUAUCGGAACCCUAACACCCAGCUGGCUUCCUGCAAUGAAAGCCGCGGCGGAGGCGGCGAAUCGAUCACAACGCCCAUGGGUUCUCGACCCAGUAGCAAUCGGAGCUUCCGGUUUUCGAAUGAGGGCCUGUCUUGAUCUUUUAGGACUCCGUCCUACUGUGAUUAGGGGUAACGCGUCCGAGAUUAUUGCCCUUUCUGGGUAUUCUAUUGGACCCACAAAGGGUGCAGAUAGUGUUCACAAGUCUACUGAUGCAGUAGAGGCAGCUCAGUCAUUGGCUCGAGCAAGUGGUUCUAUAAUUGCGGUUUCUGGAGCUGUUGAUAUCAUAACAGAUGGAAAGCGUGUUGUUGGUGCGGGAAAUGGGGUUCCUUUGAUGCAGAAAAUCACAGCCACGGGUUGCUCGGUCACUGCUCUUGUGGCUGCAUUCGUUGCGGUUGAUCCUGAACAUGCAUUUGAAGCUACAGCUUCUGCAUUAUCGAUAUUUGGAGUUUCUGGAGAGAUUGGUAUGGAUGUGGCCAAAGGUCCAGCUUCGUUGAGGACGAAUUUGAUAGAUACACUACAUGGGCUUGAUCAAGAAACUGUUCUUAAACGAGUUAAUAUUUAUAACUUCCCCUAAUGCAUGGUAUGUGAUUUUGUUAUUAA